AUGUUGAUGUGCAUCACAGACACAUUUCACAUUUUUGUCAACAUAUAUUUGGUGAAACUGGUAGCUUUGAAGUUGAAGCAUGGGGACCCAUCUGUCAAAGAGCCAAGAUUGGCCCUGAAACAGACAUCGAAACAAAUGCUGAUGUUGAAACUGGCACUGAAGCGGGUGCUGAAGCUGAUAAGUUACAUUUGUAAAACUAAGGAUUCAGAGCUGGGAGACGGUUCAAACACAGAAGAUAUGACACCCCUCAUCAUGAAUGACAACGAGAGACCGUUCGAGUGCAUGUAUUGCGAGAAGAGGUUCCAGUGGAAGCAGAACAUGGAACAGCACCUGAGGAACCACAUGGGAGACGAGCCGUUCCAGUGUUCGUACUGCAGCAAGAGGUUCGACUGGAAACACAACUUAACGACCCAUCUGAGAGUCCACACAGGGGAAAGGCCGUUCAAAUGCACUAUCUGCGAUAAACAGUUCACCCAAAAAAAGGGCAUCUGA